AUGUCGCCAAGCAGCGCUGACACGUUGGCAAUAAUAAGGGAAGAGCAGGUGACACCAGCCGACUCCAACAUCAUGCAUCAGGACAAAACUGAUGAUGCACAGGAUUUGGUGGACGCAUGUCCGUGCAAAGGUCGGAUAAUUCAUGACCUUGAGGAGAAACAUCAUAAAGAAAUACAGAAGCUACUAAAAGAAAAGGAGGAAGCGCUAACAGCCGACUUUCAAGAACGUAUGGAGAAGGAAAUAAAGCUAUUGAAAGAGAGAUUUGACUAUAUCUUACAGAAUGAACAAAUACGUACAUCCCAUAUGAUGCGAGAAGCACACAGGGAGAGAAAGGAAAAAAUAUCAGCUCUUCAAACUCAGUUGGAGUGUAAGAACUUGGCCGGUCUGAUGUUUGUCAUGUGCUCUGAAAGGAGGAAGAGCAAAUUGGAGAAGUUGAGAAUAGUCGAGGAUUACACGAGGUACAUAAACACCUUGCAACAUAUUCUGUCCGAGAGUCAGGAUUUAAUUCUAAACCUAUCUAGAGGGUAUAAAACUGCCGCUAGAGUAGACCACGAAUGGAAAACUAAGAUGAACAAAGUUAUACAAGAGUUCCAAAACUUUGUAUACCAUUACGCUGGUGGGACUCCCGAGACGAACCAGUAUUUUUUCGAUCUACCUUCAUUGAUGCGAACAAAAGCUCCAAUUAAAGAUGAUCCUAAAGAGGAUCCGUGUGAAACUGAAGAAAAUAAUGAAGAAGAAUCAGAUGGGGCUCAAGAACAAAAUUGGUGGGAAAUGCUCGAUGGGGACAACCCACCGUUUAUAAUAUUUGGUGAUAUGGCUGAGUUCCAGCCACCACAGAGGAGGGAAGUUUUGAAGAAUGUAAAGGCCGUUAAAACUGCACCACCUAAAUGGAAAGACUAUGUAUUCAGCGACAUGUUCCUGCAUUCGAACUGUUUGCAUCUCGAUACAAUCAAAGACGAAUAUCUGAAGUAUCAACCAACUGGUGCUAAGUGGGAGUGUCAGAAUGUACAGACGGAGAGACAAUCAUUCAAAUUUAGCUCAGAUACAAGUCACCAUCGACCCAACGCCAGUGUAGACGUGAGAGGUACUAUGGGUUCCAUAUUAAAAAUUAUCACUUCAAGUGUGCUACCUCAGGCUUUAACGAAAGCUACAUUACUUGGCGCCAGGGACUCUAUGGAAAUUGCUUCUACUACGAGACUGCGAGAAAGGCACAGACAGUCAGCCGAACCUGCAAAAGUUGUCUUGAAUGUGGGAAAAAGAAUAGAUUCGCUUUUUAGUGAAUCGCACGAAGAGGACCACGAUGAAGAACUACAUACGAAAGAUGCAUCUCCUAAAGCAGAGGACGAAGACAAUGGUGAUGAAUCAGUGUCAGCUUUGGGGAGCUUACACAAUGAUAGCAUGGAUGUGAUAGCUAACCAUGUGCCUGACAGAGACCACACAAUUCAUUACGAAAAGACUUGUCCAAUGGAAAAAUGCCAACGUAUGAAGAUGGACUCAUUCAUAAGAACUCUACCGCCAUACAUGCAUGCGAACCCGUUCACGCACUUUGAGCAAACUUUUGACGAAUACGAGCCAUGCACACCUGAACAACUUGAGAUCCUCAAAAAGAGGAUUGAAGAUAAGACCAAAAAGGAAAAAGUAGAUUUCGACAUAACUGGAGAAAAUCCUCUAUCUGAUUGGCCCAAUCCCAUUGAUGGGAUAGCAAUACAGACCUCGGAUACAUCUCUUUCACUCCCACCAUGUACUUGCUGGGAGAGAGACGAAACAGUAUCAACCGUUUCAAGCAUACAGCAUAUCUUUAAUUUGGCGGAUUUACUACCAGUUAAAGAGAAGCUUGACCAAAUAAACCAAGAGUGCUUUUAUCACGAUGGCAUUGACUUCAACAGAUUCGAAGUUAUUGGCCAGGGCAGUGACCAUAAUGUCGAACUUGAUGAAACCACCUUCGCCGAAGACCGAGUCGCUCAAAUAAGAAAAAUUUUGAGACAUCACCCCAGCUUAUGUGAAAUAUUUCAAGCCAAUAUUCGUUAA